AUGAUAGAACUGACUUCAGAGGAGAGAGAAACUACGUCAUUGAUCGUGAAACUGUGGAGCCAGUGGGUGCGGAGUGAAUCGCCGUUGAGUGAACUAGGUCGCAGGUGUGGACUCGGGACAGCCGGACUUGAUGGCCGCCGGGCAGUGGCAGCUGCGUGCGGUCUGAUCGUUACCUCCGGGAAGUGGCUGGUGUGUGCUGAGUGUGGGAAGGUGACUCACGGGCUCCAGCCGUCGGUAGUUGGAGAGUAUCGCCAAUCGUUGAUAGAGAUUGGGGAAUCGGAGACGAUAAUUAGGGCAUGCUUUCGUGCUUCAUGA